AUGAAGCCCACUCAAGUCCUCGUUGCCCUUGCGGCUAUUGCCUAUGCCGCCCCCGUGACCGAUAAUACCAAGGUCAAGGCAUUGGAGAUUGACGACGACUUUCCUCUCGCUGAACUCGAAGCUUACUUCGAGGCCCACAUGAACAGCGAGGACUCUGAGGCCAACUCUCUUCAUGCUCGGCAGUUCAGCUCCAGCACCUACAACCAGCUGACUGACGGAACACCCUGCCGUCCAGUCACCAUGAUUUACGCUCGAGGAACCACCCAAGCUGGUAACGUUGGAGACUCAGCUGCCGUUGGGCCUGUCCUGUUCAACAACCUUGCCUCCCGUAUUGGCUUGAACAACCUGGCUGUUCAAGGUGUCACCUACGCUGCGAAUAUUGCUGGAUAUCUCGCGGGAGGUGAUGCUGCCGGCAGCAGGACCAUGGCUGAUCUGAUUGCCCGGGCCGCUAGCCAGUGCCCCAGCACCAAGAUCAUCAUCAGCGGUUACAGCCAGGGCGCCCAGCUCGUGCACAACGCUGCUGGUAUGCUGUCCGCUUCCGUGACCAACCGAGUCACUGCUGCUGUUACCUUUGGUGACCCUAAGCGUAGCCAGGCUUUCGGCACCAUUCCUUCUGCUCGCACUCGCAUCUUCUGUCGUGCCGGGGACAACAUUUGCGAUGGUGGUAUCAUUGUCACCCCGGCUCACAGCCAGUACCAGCAAGACGCUCCUGCUGCAGCCGAGUGGAUUGCUGCCCGUGUUUAG